UCUGAAAUUCAAUAAAAUAGGGAUAUAAGUUUAUAAUGUAUAAAAGACCAGAAAACAAUACAGCGAAACACACAACCCUCAAAGUAUUGCAAUAAAAGACAGUAAUUGAGCAAGAUUUCCUUUUUUGAUAACAAAAAUGAGCGCGGAGACUUCAGGGACCAAGAGGCUAGAUGGUAAGGUGGCACUGAUAACUGGUGGUGCCAGUGGUCUAGGAGAGAUUACAGCAAGGCUGUUUGUGAAACAUGGAGCCAAAGUUGUGAUUGGUGAUAUUCAAGACAAAUUGGGUCACUCCCUUUGCCAAGAGCUUGGAACAGCGAACAUCAGCUAUGUCCACUGUGAUGUAACAUGCGAAUCUGAUGUCGAAAAUGCUGUAAAAUUAGCAGUUUCUAAGCAUGGGAAGCUGGAUAUCAUGUUCAAUAAUGCAGGGAUUAUGGGUGAGAACGAGGUAAAAGUCAGCGAGACCAGUCUCAAGGACUUCAAAACAGUGCUUGAUGUGAAUGUGUUGGGUGCAUUCCUGGGUGCCAAGCAUGCUGCCAGGGUCAUGGUUCCAGCCAAGAAAGGGUGCAUUCUCUUCACAGCAAGUCUUGCUUCAAAAAUUUGCUAUGGAAAUUCCCAUUCAUACAAAUCAUCAAAGGUUGCUGUGGUAGGGUUGGCAAAGAGCUUGAGCGUGGAGUUAGGUGAGCAUGGAAUUAGGGUUAAUUGCAUUUCACCUCAUGCAAUUUUUACCCCAAUGUUCCAAAAAACACUCAGAUUACAGGAUAAGAAGAAGGGCGAGGAGAUGGUUUCUGCUUCAGCAGUGUUGAAAGGGACCUUGUUGGAACCAGAAGAUUUCGCAAAUGCGGCCCUGUUUCUGGCAAGUGAUGAGGCCAAAUUUGUGAGUGGUGUCAACCUGACCAUUGAUGGAGGGUAUAGCCUCACCAAUCAAUCAUGGAAGACAGGACUGUCGGUACUUUCUCAAUGAACCUUCCUCUCUUUUUCUCUUUGACCGUCUUAUAAACUUAUCCAAAACUACAAACUAUAACAGAUGAUUCCCAUGGUGUGAGUCUACCUGUACUUUUCAUCAAUAUGCAAAUGUCACUUUCUUACCUUAAAUGCUAGGGUUUUUCUUCAUGGUGAGAUGACAACAGAAGAGUAUUGAGCAGUAAAGGAUUCUAUAAUGGUUAUCAAUAUUUCACAAUAAGAAGCCUUAUUUAAUCCUUGUUAUAGUUUAUUUUAAAACCGGACAAUAGAAUCUUCUUUUUGUCAAUAGCAUUACAACAUUUCAAACUUCAGAGGCGAUUGAUUUGUCAUUAACCGCAACAUAUAUCGCAUCUGGUAACACACAACCAUAGAAAAGCAGAUUCGAAUCAUUCUAAUGUACAGAACUGCGAUGAUUAUCAAAGACCAUUUAAAAGUGCAUGCUACUCGCUUGCAUUUGCAAUCCCGACCAAGUUGAGCAUAUGCCUGUCCUCCUUGAACCUUUCUAACACUGUGCCCUUAACAACGUCUGUUGUUUCUUGUUCCAGUCCUUUUCUAACAACUCCCCAGCAUUCUAUAACUUCUGGGCAGAUUUUGGCGGUCUUCGAGAGGCAAGGGCUAUUAAAAGUGGUACAGGAAAAGGUAUGCCCUUGAUCAAAGCUUGCUGAGAGAAACAUGCCAAAGUGAUUUAUGCGUCCUCCAAAACCAAUGCCAUUAGGGAUGGUCUCGGAACUGAAGUUCACAGCACACUGCAAAUGCAUAUUGUUAGCAACAUAAACGGCCACACUCCCAUAUGCAUAAGGCGGCUGCAGUUUUUUCCACUUAAAAUUUUGAAAAGUAGAUAAAAGAAGGGGAAAAUGAACAACUGUUUCAAGAGUUGGAUAACCCAACUCAGGGGCAUUAAGACUCCUUGCAUCUUAGUGGUCAAACCAUUGGCCAACCUCAAACAACGUUUAUUAAUAAAUAACUCCAAUCUGUUCUCAAGUUAUGAAAGCUGUUAAAUAAA